UCAGUGAUAGGACUCCGUCUGGACGUACGUGGAGGUGGGGAAUUAAAUUAUGUAAUUAAAAUCACACAGUCUGCAUUACAGCCUGUUAGUCUUCUGUCCUGUUUGUCUUCUGCGACGAAACCCAGCGUUCAGCUUCAGCACACGACUCCAUUCUGACAUUCUGACCUGAGGAUGGCGCUACUUGAUUACCCAGUUCCUGACUUAGAUGUGACCUUAAAAGAAGCGAGCCGAGUGCUUCAGCUUGUUCUGAGUCCAGAGGAGUACAUCCUGUAUAAGAGUGCUCUUUCACAGCAAACAGAGACCCUCAACGGCAUCCACAAGCAGCUGAAAUCCAGUGCCUCCUGCCACGAGAACUGGGUGACCGAUCAAUUCAAACAGCAUCUCCUGUCUUGUUUGGACUCCCUGCCGACCUCCACGGCGAUUCCCUCGGUGCUGCCUCCAUCCAAAGCAAAGGGAGAGUGUGUACAGCUUGAGAGGGCUACCACUCUGUUGUGGGCUGUAGCCAAGCUGUACAGUGAGCCCUGGCUUGUCGAGGGUGAUGUACCUACAGAGCGUACGCAGCAGUCAGAGGUGUUCGCAGCCAGUCGUUUACCUGGUAAACAUCAGGAUCAGAUAAAGGUGUAUCCAGAAAGCCUUCAUGCCAUUGUGAUCUGCCACGGAGGUGUAUUUCCAAUUCAGAUUGUACAAAGCUGUGGUGAAGCAGGCAAGGUCUCACCUGUGCCCCUUCUUGACCUCUUUACCCAGCUGUCCCAUGUUAUGCAUCUUCCACCUGCAUCGAUUGUUCAUGAUCCUUCCACAAUUUGUGGUUUUUCUGCUCUUAAUCGACAAGCAUGGUACGCUGCCAGGGAGGAGAUCCUGAAAGCUGGUGGUGAAGCAGCAAGAUCACUUGGUGUGAUGGAGAGUGCCAUCCUGGCUCUAUCGCUAGAAGAUUGUUCUGCACCAGUGGAUCUGGCAAAUACUCUCAAUGCAGUCCGUUUGGGAGGAGAGAACAGCCAGGGUCUGAGGUACUAUGACAAGGUGGUAAACAUGGUGGUGUUCAAGGACGGUGUAACUGGUAUGCUGUUUGAACACAGCGCUCUGGAUGGAAUGGUGGCUGGCCUCGUGGUUGGACGUGUAUGGAAGAUUUCAGAGUCUAUAACUCUUGAGCAUAUUGAUGAAUCAGAUCAUACUGUCUGCCACCCAAGCCCUCUUGAGUUCCCAAUAGGUAGUAUUAAACUUCAGUAUCAGCCUCUACCCUCUGUCAGAAGCAAGUAAACCUAUUGUUACCUUUGAAGUUUCAUCCUACCCAGAUGUCUUCACCACUCUAAGGGGCCAGAGAGGUUUAUAUGAUGCAUGGAUCAAUUUUUCAUUGCAGCUCUCUCUAAGGCAAACUCUUGGUGAAUCAGCUGAUAGAUAUAUCAUGGUGACCCCUACUCAUAUGCGACACUUCAAACAUGGUCGCUGCGAUCCCACAUAUUCAGUCACAAUGCUGUCUCGACAGCUAGUUACAGCUCUAGGGUGCUGCACCAGGCCAGACCUUGUCCCUCACCAUACCAAGGAACUCUUUCAGCAGUUCCACUUAACAUUCAUGGAGCACAAAAAAAAUAUCAAAGCCACUAAAAGUGGUAGUGGUGUAGGGCCUCAUUUAGCUGUCUUGCGCAAUGGUAUGACUCAAGACAACCCACUUAAGAAAUUUCUGGAUCUUUUUGGAUGCCCCUCUAUCUACCUGACUGGAUCAGAUCUGAUGGAGGGUGUUGAAUGUGCUGUUGGUAAUGUCUAUGCAACUGACCAGCUAGCUGUUACCUACAUCGGCAAGGUGGACAAAGUCCAUAUUGUGUUGAAUGCAAAGGGAACAUUUGCAGGCAUCUUAGGAAAACUCAAACAGUGUUUUGAACUAAACAUAAAAAUGUUGAUGCUUCUGGCAGUCAAGUAUGCAAUUGCUGGGCAGAUGGGAGCCAUCGAAUGCCUCCUAGGAACAGAGAGAGAAUCAAAAAAUCUCACUGCAGCAGAUAAUAACACAAAUGGAUGGAAUGAAGUGGUGGACAAACAAUCCUUAGGCUCUACUCCAAAAAGAAAGCCAGAUUUCACCCUGAUGAUUCAUGGUGGUGCAGGGGAGGAAAUGAUGUUGAACAAUAAAGUGGUUGAGGUAAUUGAAUUUGCGCUUCACACAGCACUUACACUGGGAGCAGGUGUGCUAAGCCAGGGUGGCAGCAGUCUUGAUGCGGUGCAGAGAAGUGUUGCUGCUUUAGAAGAUUGUUUCUUAUUUAAUGCAGGCAAAGGAUCUGUGUACAACCAAAAUGGCCAGCAUGAGCUGGAGGCUACUAUCGUGGAUGGGCACAGAAAGAAAUCUGGAUCUGUGGCUUGCUUGCAUAAUGUAAAGAACCCAGUGAAUGCAGCUCGUCAUGUCAUGGAUAAGAGUAACCAUGCAUUACUUACUGGAGAAGGGGCUCAGGAGUUUUUAAUGGGUCUCUCAGAAAGCGAAAAUCUGGUGAAAACAGACUACUUUCACACUGAUAUCAGAUUCAAGGAACUUGCAAUAAAACUGAGUGGAAAUAAAAACAAUCAUCCACAAACUGUAGGAGCAGUUGCUCUAGACUGUUGUGGCAAACUAGCAGCAGCCACAUCCACAGGGGGCUUAGUAGGCAAGUGGAAAGGUAGAGUGGGAGACACAGCAGUUGUUGGGGCUGGAAUUUAUGCUGAUGAUAAACUGGCUGCAACCUGCUCCGGUGAUGGUGAUGCAUUCAUACGUCAGACAGUUGCUCAGAAAGUAGCUAGUCUCUACAAUCUUAAAGGGUACACUCUUAAACAAGCCUGUCGAGAAGUGAUUUAUGAAAUUUCGGAUGCAAAAUGUGCCGGAAUCAUUGCAGUUGACUACAAAGGUGAAACUGUAGUUGAAACAAAUGCUGGAGUAAUGUUUGUUGCAUCAAUGAACAGUGGUGUUGCUCGAGCUGAAGUCUUCAGACCCAUGAUGAACAUUACAAAUGUAAUUUGGGAAAAUGAUGAACUUGUUGCUUAUUUGCAUUCUAACCCGUGGACCCCAGGAACAACCAUUCUUACCCGAAAAACCUUAAAUGGACCAAACAGCAUUUUUCAGCUAACUGUGCCAGACUAUGUGGCAAUAUUAUUAGCGGCACAAACAGUUGCUAACUUGCUUUGUGAGAAACUAGGGGUGUACCGCUGUGCCCUUGUAUUCAGACCCCAACCAGACAAGCCUGCACUUAUCAAAAUCCUACCGCUUUAUGGCCUAGAACCCAAAUGGAAGGCUUAUCUUGCCAAGGAAGAGGAAUUCCACGUGCAUGACCCUGGCUACUGCAGUUCAAAAAGUGGCCCAAUGCAUGAUUGACAAUGCAU